GGUUCACUGGCGUGUGUAGUUUUCAAACGUGUCCCGUUAUAUCAGAUGACACAAUCAUUUCAUUGUAAUUUAAUGACUGUAUAGAAAUGAGGAAUUCUGUCCGAAGAUAAUUUUAGUUAUUGUAUCGAUUAGGAUUUUCGUCGAGUUCGCAGAGGUUUCAAGCUGAUCAGAAUGUCGAACAAUCAAAGAGGAGAACCAGAGAUAACAAUACCCCUACAAUAUAAUAAUGCACAUUGGAAAGCCAUAUUUGAGAAAUACGAUCUUGAUGGCGAUGGAAAAAUAUCUUACCAAGAAUUAAAGGCGAUGAUACAUAGUUCUGCUUAUUCCAAUGACAUUCCAACCAGGGUUGUUCAUAUAAUUAUGACCAAGGCAGAUUUAGAUGAUUCUGGAUACCUAGAGUAUCCUGAAUUCAUAGCUAUGAUUCACAGAAAGGAUAUGCAGGGUGUUUUUGGUCACCUUGUACAACGAUAUGUGCAUUCAAUGGUACCACAAAGGCCAACUGUUUUUCAAUCGCCCUCCAGUGAUUACCCUGACGGACAGUACGAAGAGGAAUAUACUUGCAAACCACCAGCACUGGCAAUGAUAAUUAUAUCCAUACUGGAGAUUACACUAUUUUUGUACGACGUGAUUGCAUAUAAGUCUGUGUAUCUGUCUGUAGAAGGACCUGCAGCUACAUUAUUUAUUUAUAAUCCGCAUAAAAGGUACCAAGCAUGGAGGUAUCUAACAUACAUGUUUGUACACGUGGGAGUAUUUCAUCUGCUGGUAAAUCUACUUGUGCAAAUAAUGCUGGGUAUUCCAUUAGAAAUGGUGCACAAGUGGUGGAGAGUACUGAUCAUUUACAUAGCAGGUGUUGUAGCAGGAUCUCUUGGUACAUCUGUGUCAGACCCUUCGGUAUACUUAGCAGGUGCCUCGGGUGGUGUGUAUGCACUAAUUACUGCUCAUGUUGCGACUAUUUUAAUGAACUGGUCGCAAAUGGAGUUCGCGGUGUUUCAAUUGUUAGUUUUCCUCGUUGUGACUUCGUUCGAUGUUGGCCAAGCAGUGUACAAUCGCUAUGUAUUAGAAACGAACGACCAAGUGGGAUAUGUUGCUCAUAUUGCUGGCGCCAUUGCAGGCCUGCUCGUAGGCAUAAAUGUACUCCGUAAUCUUGAAGUGCGAACAUGGGAAAAAGCUGUAUGGUGGGCCAGUAUUAUUACUUACACUGUUCUCAUGACUGCCGCCAUUUUAUGGAAUAUUUUAUAUACUUCUUACUAUGAAUAAGGUGA